CUAAAAUGUCGUGAAUGUGUGCACGGGACGAUGUGGUACGUGGCUGAAGCGUUCGUAUGGUUGCUAGUGGUGGUUCGUAUUUAAUGUGUUUCUUUUAUGGGAUAGUGCGGUAAACGAGUUGACGGAUCACCUGAUGCUAAAUUACGUAGCCAGCGCUCCGCAGCCCCCUCGCUUGACUAUCGACUGCGCUGAUGAAAGGGUAUCAUACGGGUCCAAAUAUCGGUCAUCUGAUUACGAAGGCAACUCUCGCUUAGACGUAGACUCGUUCUGCAACCUCAUUCACGAUGUCUUCCCGAAAUCGAUACAAGGCGGGAAGUUCCUGCUCAUCGAGCCCGAAGACCAGAUUGGCUACAGUGACACACAAGUACCAAUAUCAAUAGCACCACCUCCCGACUUCAUGGCAAACUUACGGCGAAUACCAAAGUUGAGGAUCCCGACAUUUAAUGGACAUCGGCUUGAGGAGCGUCCUGGGCCUUUCUCGCCGCCCAGGAUAGGAUCUUCGAUGCUUCCAACAUCAGUGAUGAGAAUAGAUUCCAGUGCAGAGAGGAUGGAGAGGUUCAAGAAGGGCGUUCAGAAGAUGCUGCAUGUCGUGAAAGUGUUAGGACAGAUCGAUCAUUACUUCUCAGAGAGGAUGCGGAUCAUUGUUGAUAAACUCACUAAGACUUUUGGCGAAUAGAAAAUUAAACAAAUAUUUAUUACAAAAUAUACAAAAAUAUACUUGCCUCUUU